GCGGCCCGUCCAUUGCGUGAUCGUAAUACACUCUAAUUAUGUGGGUCUACUUAGGUUCUCCGAGGAUCAUACUGCAUUUCGAUCCUCGGUGCACCAGUGCGAACAGUGUUCGUUUCAUUAUCAGGGUCGAGCACAUGCAAACGGACUGUAAUCGUGCGGCACUUGGCGCAUGUUCAUAUGCAUUUUAACUGAUAGUACUCGCACGUCUUUGUGUUCGAUAGAGACUGGGCGCAUUAAUCUGAUACUGUCUUCACAUGCUUUCGAGUUUGACAGAAACUGGGUGAUUGGCACCGCAAUUCGAUGCAUGAUCAAAGCAUCUAUAUACCCACACACACUUUUGAAAAUUAAAGACAGAGCCAGCCGUAGUUGCGCGUGUAUUAAUCGAAGAAGAACUCGGAGAUCCCUGGCUCAAGUGCUGAGUACAUCAGGGGGUACUCGUGCAACUAUUGCCGUGAACAAGUGCCCCAAGACUGAACGAUACCCAGCGGUCGAAUAUGCGUAUAACAUUUCAAUUCGGUCAUCCGAUGGAAAAAAUACACUGUAUAGGCGGAGCAUCACUCCACUGCCAGUUCGUAUAUAUCAGGGGCACUUACGCAAUUAUAGCCUCGGACGAUUACUGACCGAUGCCCAAGUAGCGAAAUAUAGCAGGGGGACCGUGUCUCCUUAUUUGCCUGGUAUUUCAAUAUGGCCAUCCCAUAAGAAGUGCCUCCUGUGCACAAUAUACUAGCGUGUAGAAUAAAUAAUGUGGACGAGCGAGUUAUCUGCGCGGAGUGUCACUCCGCUGCCAGUUUGUAUCGCCACAACAAUCGAGGCCACACGAAUCAGCAAUAUUCAUG